GUAACAGGUAUUAUAUUUCCAAGUCUGUGAGCCUGAAGGUUUAAUGCUGCAUGUGUGUUGAUGGUACGUGACGGAGGGUGCAUAUUGCGCCUCACCUCUGUUUUAUGUAUUCUUAAGCGUUCGAAAUUCAGAUGAGACGGCUGUCCUCGGGUUCAUCAAAUGUCAUGUGCAUGGAGUGAUGGAUGCUCCUUUACGCUAAAUGCACGUAUUCUUGUAGAAACGCACUGACUAGACACCAUCCAAUUUGUAACCAUGGCUAUCAACUGGUUGUUAUGCUCAUGCCAACGAGUUUUCUCUGAGUCAUCUUGUCGGCAGAUGGCGUGCUUGACAACAGCGCAACAAGCGAAGGUGCCUCCCUCCCAAGUCCCCCCGAAAAAAAAACUUUCUUUUUUCUGCUCCAGGAAAAAAUGGAAGACGAGUACAAAAGAAACGAAAGGGAAAUAUUCAAAUACGAUCCCUCAUUGGUUUAAAAACAAGUUAACCGGUUGCCCUAUGCGUUUACUACCGCUGAGUUGAUAUGAAGCGAGG